AUGUCCGCACUCGGCUUCGAUAUCUGGGGCGUGGUCAAUGGCGCCAUCAGCAUCGGUGCCGUUUUCAUCGCCCUCGCCACCUGGAUCUUCAGCUGGCGUCCCAGUGCGAUGGUCCACACCCUCCACGACUGCCUGAAGCUGACGGAGGGUGAGUUCAACACCGCUGUCAGCGACGGGCUCCUUCGCGGAGGGAGCGGCGUAUGGCUCCGCUUCAGGUUCUGGGCUCUCCAGAUCCGAGCGGACGAUGUUCGCAGUCAAGUCUACGAUAUCCGCACGUGGGGAGAAGAGCUCAGCUCCUGGUGGAAGGGAACCUCCCGCACCAUGUCGAUCAUUUGUAACGAUCUCACGAAGCUUCGCGCAGCACUGGCGAAGCGCAACUCUCAUGAACGAAGGGAACUCGCGUCUUCUAGUAACCCUAACAAACUUGCGAAUUGGCUCGGUCUCAGAGACCGAUUGUUCGUUACUUCUCCUGAAUCCGCCGUCUCUCCCGCUCUCUUAGAGAAGGCGGAUCUCCCGCUGCCUCACAGCCCUACGAUCCUGGCUGGCAUGAGUGCCUUGCUGGGAGUCGCGCCUAUCCUCCCGAUGGCAGGGGUCCACGGGAUUCAUGGUGGAGCCGAUUCGCAUGGUCAUCCCUUCCUGGGGAUACAGGCCAGCGCUCCCUCCACCGUCCUCUCUCCUGCCACACCGGUGCCCCGCUGCGCCGAGAAGGGUACCGAAGCCGGAGACGAGCGCCACUAUCUCGUCUCCGACAAGGACCUCAGGGCACUCUUGUCGUACGUGGCUGCCCGUCCUUCCGAGGGCGGGCGGGACGGCGGCAAGCGACAGCGCGCGUCGCGCAAGGAGCUCCUGCUGCGCUAUGGCAGGCAGCUCUUCGGGACAGGCGCGCCGGCCUCGGAUUGGGGUUUCGAACCUUUUCCUGCGACUGCAUCCGCAUCUGCGAAACGACGUGCAGCACGCAGUCGCGUCGGGGCGAUUCGGCGGUUGUUCCGGAGCACCCUCAAGGCGUGCAUACAAUCGGCCGCAGACGUUGACACCGCUGACCCCGAGUCAUCGAGGCCCCAGUGCGCUGAGGCUGAUGACUGCGAUGAGGGGAGCGACCCAUGCGACGCGUGA